AUGGUGCAGCAAUUUAUCAGGUUUCCCGUGCAAGCUGACCAAAUUCGUCGAAAUCAAGAGCACUUUUUCCAAGUCGCAGGAUUUCCUGGGAUUGUUGGUGCUAUUGAUGGGACACAUGUGCAGAUUAUUGCCCCAAGUGUUGAUGAAAAUGAAUUUAUAAACAGGCAUCAUUACCACAGCAUAAAUGUACAAGUUGUUUUUGAUGCCAGUUACAAAAUUCUUGAUAUUGUGGCAAAGUGGCCUGGUUCAACCCAUGAUUCGAGGAUUUUGAGGGAGAGCGGACUUCAUGUUUUGUUUGAAAACAACCACAUCCCAGUGCACACCCAUCUCCUUGGCGACAGUGGCUAUCCAUCUCGCAGAUGGUUGCUCACUCCCUUCUUGAGACCCCUACCGGGUGCCCAGACCAACUACAAUAGGGCACAUAAAAGAACACGCAGCAUUGUUGAAAGGGGCAUUGGUCAGCUGAAACGCCGUUUCCAUGUAUUACAUGGUGAAGUACGCCUCUCUCCACAAAAGACCUGUCAAGUAAUCAUAGCUUGUGCCGUGCUCCACAAUAUAUGUAAAGAUAGACAAAUUCCAAUUCCUGAUGAAGACCCAGAUGAAAACCCUAAUGAUGCUGAGGAUGAUGAUACGAAUCACCAUGAUGGGGGAGCAGUCUGUGGCAACAACAAUGGGACGUUGUACAGACAACUGUUUGCUGUGACUCACUUUUGA